GUAGCCUUCAGAGCUGGUCUUACACAGUAAAUGGGAGCGAAUCUUUGUUAGGAAAGAGCACACUGGAUAGCAAACUUCAAAUCACAAUAUGGUUCCCGUACUAAAGCGCUCUCUGUGGAUUAUACUUGGCUUACACUUGUUAAAUUACAUCUGUAUUGGAAUUGCACAAAAUGCAAAGGAAGUUAUUUUGCUAGAUUCAAAAGCACAGCAGACAGAGCUGGAGUGGAUCUCUUUUCCAUCGAGCGGGUGGGAAGAAAUUAGUGGACUAGAUGAGAACUACACACCCAUCCGGACAUAUCAAGUGUGCCAGGUUAUGGAACCCAACCAGAACAACUGGCUGCGGACUAACUGGAUUGAAAAGGGCAAUGCCCAGAGGAUUUUUAUUGAGCUUAAGUUCACAUUGAGGGAUUGUAAUAGUCUACCAGGUGUGCUGGGGACAUGCAAGGAAACUUUCAAUCUAUAUUACCAAGAGACCGACUCUGAUGUUGGCAGGAAUAUACAAGAGAGUCAGUAUGUAAAAAUAGAUACUAUUGCUGCAGAUGAAAGCUUUACCCAGGGAGACCUUGGGGAGCGGAAGAUGAAGCUCAAUACAGAAGUGCGUGAAAUUGGGCCUUUGUCUAGAAAAGGAUUUUACCUGGCUUUCCAGGAUGUAGGGGCCUGCAUUGCUCUGGUGUCUGUCAAAGUAUACUAUAAGAAGUGCUGGUCAAUUAUUGAGAAUUUAGCUGUUUUUCCAGACACAGUCACAGGAUCAGAAUUUUCCUCUUUGGUUGAAGUGAGAGGUACCUGUGUAAGUGACGCAGAAGAAGAGGCAGAAAAUUCUCCCAGAAUGCAUUGCAGCGCAGAAGGCGAAUGGUUGGUUCCAAUCGGGAAGUGCAUUUGUAAAGCAGGAUUUCAUCAAAAAGGAGAUGCUUGUGAGCCCUGUGGUCGUGGAUUCUAUAAAUCAUCUUCCCAAGAUCUACAGUGUUCUCGCUGUCCUGCCCAUAGUUUCACUGACAAAGAAGGCUCUUCUCUGUGUGACUGUGAAGAUGGAUAUUACAGAGCCCCUUCAGACCCACCAUCUGUGGCCUGCACAAGGCCCCCAUCAGCACCACAGAACCUGAUUUACAACAUCAACCAGACUACUGUGAGCCUGGAAUGGAGCCCCCCUGCAGACAACGGGGGCCGGAAUGAUGUCACCUACAGGAUUGUAUGCAGACGAUGCAGCUGGGAACAGGGUGAAUGUCUACCCUGUGGCAGUAAUGUUGGAUAUGUACCCCAGCAAUCUGGAUUAGUUGAUACAUAUGUCACCAUUAUGGACCUUUUGGCCCAUGCCAACUACACGUUUGAGGUGGAAGCUGUGAAUGGAGUCUCAGAACUCAGUCGCAACCAGAGACUCUUUGCUGCUGUCAGUAUUGCCACCAGUCAAGCAGCUCCCUCGCAGGUUAGUGAAGUUGUGAAGGAAAGAGUUCUGCAGCGAAGCAUUGAGCUUUCUUGGCAGGAGCCGGAGCAUCCCAAUGGGGUCAUCACCGAAUAUGAAAUCAAGUAUUAUGAAAAAGAUCAGAAGGAGCGCACAUAUUCAACUGUGAAGACUAAAACCACAUCAGCUGUGAUUAACAAUCUGAAGCCUGGAACAACAUACAUGUUUCAGAUCCGGGCUUUUACUGCUGCAGGCUAUGGCACAUAUGGUCCAAGAUUAGAAAUAAUAACACAGGAGGAAGCUACAGCCACAGCUGUCUCCAGUGAGCAGAACCCAGUCAUUAUCAUAGCAGUAGUAGCAGUGGCAGGCACGAUCAUCCUUGUCUUCAUGGUCUUUGGAUUCAUUAUUGGCAGAAGGCACUGUGGUUAUAGCAAAGCUGAUCAAGAAGGGGACGAAGAAUUAUAUUUUCAGUUUAAAUUCCCUGGCACCAAAACAUACAUUGACCCAGAAACUUAUGAGGAUCCGAACAGAGCUGUUCACCAGUUUGCCAAAGAGUUGGAUGCCUCCUGCAUUAAGAUUGAAAGAGUAAUUGGAGCAGGAGAGUUUGGAGAAGUGUGUAGUGGUCGACUAAAGCUACCAGGGAAAAGAGACAUGUCAGUAGCAAUCAAAACUCUGAAAGUUGGCUACACAGAGAAGCAAAGAAGAGAUUUUUUAUGUGAAGCAAGCAUCAUGGGCCAGUUUGAUCAUCCAAAUGUGGUUCAUUUAGAAGGUGUUGUUACCAGGGGGAAACCCGUUAUGAUUGUAAUAGAAUAUAUGGAAAAUGGGGCACUUGAUGCUUUUCUUAGGAAACAUGAUGGCCAGUUUACAGUUAUUCAGCUGGUGGGUAUGCUACGUGGCAUAGCAGCUGGCAUGAGAUACCUUUCGGACAUGGGAUAUGUACACAGGGAUUUAGCUGCACGAAAUAUACUGGUCAACAGCAAUCUGGUUUGCAAGGUUUCAGACUUUGGCUUGUCAAGAGUAAUAGAGGAUGAUCCUGAAGCAGUCUAUACAACUUCAGGUGGUAAAAUCCCUGUCAGAUGGACAGCUCCAGAAGCUAUACAGUACCGAAAGUUUACGUCUGCCAGUGAUGUGUGGAGUUAUGGAAUUGUGAUGUGGGAAGUCAUGUCGUAUGGAGAGAGACCUUACUGGGAUAUGUCUAAUCAAGAUGUAAUAAAAGCUAUCGAAGAAGGCUACCGUCUCCCUUCACCUAUGGAUUGUCCCUCCGGACUUCAUCAAUUAAUGCUGGACUGCUGGCAGAAAGAACGGGGUGAAAGACCAAAGUUUGAUCAAAUUGUUGGAAUUCUUGAUAAAAUGAUCCGCAACCCCAACACUUUAAAGACUCCCUUGGGCACUUGCAGUAGACCAAUUAGCCCACUCUUAGAUCAGAACACUCCAGAUUUCACUACUUUCCGCUCUGUGGGAGACUGGUUAGAAGCUAUCAAGAUGGAAAGAUACAAGGACAACUUCACCGCAGCAGGGUACAGCUCAUUGGAAUCAGUGGCCAGGAUGACUAUUGAAGACAUGAUGAGCUUAGGGAUCACAUUAGUUGGCCAUCAGAAGAAAAUAGUGAGCAGCAUACAGACUAUGAGGGCACAGAUGCUGCAUUUACAUGGCACUGGUGUCCAGGUGUGACAGACAGUGAGUCCUCCGGCAAAGGAAUAACUGACUCUAAAGAGCAGCAUUGGGACGUCAUGUCAUUUAGGCUAAUCUGCAAAAAAGUGUUGCUUCCUGCAUUGGACUUGUGAUUCGUGGAAUAAACACAGUCCUUUUUCCUCCGUGCCACCCUCUAGAAGCUGAAGGAACAACUUAACAUGGUGUCCAUUAACAGUGGCUGAGGGGAAUGAACAAAACACUACCUGAGGCAUAAAUGGAACAGUCAAACCUCUGAUGAACUCUACAUUUUGUAUUAUAGAGUGCAGAGAAAAUAACUGAAACCUAAUUCUUUUUCCCCCUUCUAUUUUUUUUAAAUUGCUAAAGCAUUAAUUUGGCACUGUUCUUGGGAAGAAUAGUGAAAAAACAAGUUGAACUGAAGCAUCAGAGGGUUUUCUUUGAAAUGGUAAUGAAAUCUGCAAUUUUAGUUCUUUUAUAUUACCUCUACUGUUUAAGACAGAUGAAGUCUUGGCAAAGAUUAGGUCUUCCCCUGUCAGAGUACAGGGCACAAGGUCUCCUGAAGGCAGAACAUUCAGAAGGGACCCAGUGGUUUGGUCAUUUCAUUGUUUAAAGUGGCCAAAAGAAUUAGUAAUUGUUACUAAUCUGUGGUGAAGCAGGGUUAUCAUAUUACCUUUCAAAGAUGCAGAAAAAAAAAUGACUUUAGAAUUCUGGAUAUGCUCCAUCCUGUCAAUCAGAGUGCAUAGUCUGGGAUGCAUAUAUUGAACUUGUGUGUAAUGUUUACUGCUUGCAAUAUUUUAUUUAAUGAAAUGAUUAAUCAAAAGAUAUUUUUAGGCUCUAAACUUUAUAUCCUGGAAAUUUCUACUAAAUAAAUAAGAAUGAGAAAAUAAACAUCAAAAAAGAAAUCUCUACAGAUAGCACUCUGUAAGCGUCGUAAUUAAGGAUUUUAUUCAUGCUUGGAUAUUGGGUCCAUUAGGAUUAAAGGUAGCAUAUAUCCUUUGCAAAAUUGCCAUAAUAUGUUUUACUUGGUAGUUUAAGUCAAAACCUUUUCUAUGGAAGAUAAAUUAACUCGAACAAAAACACAGAGCAAUAAUUACUCCUGAUGGGACGUGUUCGAAAAAGUUAAGGUGCUACAUGUUAUUAUGAGAUGCUUUAGUGUUGUAAUAGUACUUUGGAAAACAUCAGUCACUGACAAGGUGAAAAAUGUGGGUGAAGAAACAAAAGCAGCAGGUGGCCAUGAUGCCAUUAGUGUUUCAUUCUAUUCAUAUUUAUCAGGUGCUUUCUACGACAGAGCAUAUCUAUUAAGAUUAUAGUGUGCUUCUUGAUUUUUGUUAUUACUCUAAUUACAUUUGUAUAAUUGGGGCUCUGUAAUAAAAUACAGGCUUGGCAAACAUAGGUGGUUUCCUGAUCAACUAGUGCCAUUUGUUUUCUAUAAAGAAUGUGUUAAGAAAUGUCCCAAGUGGCAUUUAGUUAUAGGCAGUUUGCAAAUGCAUGUUACCUCGUGAUGGAAAUUAAAGUUUCCAGCUCACUAUUAGGUUUAAGAGUUUGCUAUUGCUAUUUUUUCAUACAGUAGAUUUAUCCAAUUUUACAAGAAAUACCCACUAAUGUGUUGAUUAAUUUUCAUCUAUGGCCAAUAUAACUCUGAAGCACUUUCAUAUCAGCUAGCUAAAAACCUAGUCCUUGGUGUCUUAUACAUAAACAAGUACUCUGUAUUGUAUCUUUUCAGAUAAUGCUUGUUUUCUCCUCAGAUAGUUAUAAUUAAGCAGUUCAGAAUUUAAGUACAAUCACAGAUGCUCCAGUUAGUUACCCAGAAGAUCAGUCUUCCUUUUUGUUCCACUUAAAAAAUUCAUUUGUAGCUUUAAUAAAUUCUGGAUUUAUCAUUUCAUGCUGGAAUAACAUACAGAAUAUAUAACAUUAAAAUAAGCACAUAUGAAAACUAGGGAUGUGAAAUGUAUUGAAGUGCAGACCGCUAUAUGUAGUGUGGCUGAUAAUUCCAAAGACUUUAGCACUAUUGAUUGUGUCAGAAAGAUCCUAGGGAUCAGAAGAAAAUUUGUAUAUGUUCCUGUGCAAAACUUGUACAUUUUCUUUAUACUAUCAUUUUUCUACACGCAUUUCUCUGUAGUGAGUUCUGAAUACAUUGAAAAUGCACUAUAUUUUUCUAUCUCACUUGCAGAAGUCUAUCCGCACUCAUGUAUUUUCAGUUGUAAAUAGUUAUUCUCAUUUAGGACCAAAGAUGGCUGUAGGAUACUUGGUUUCAUUUAUUUUUUUUAUACACUAUGCUGUACAGUGUUCUGUUUUUGUCAAUGUGUUAUUUAUUUGUGUUGGAUUAGAAAAUCAAAUUAAAAGUCAAUGGCCAAGACUAUAUAAACUUUUUUUUUUUUUUUUUGCCACAGAAUCCUGUAAAAUCAUUUCUUGUUCCAUUGACAUUUUGCUUUGUAAACUUUGUAAUAGACUGUAAAUGUAUUUUUGGAAAUAUAAUACAACAUCUACAGAAA